AAAUCAGGAUAAAUAUUGAAAAUCGUCUUUAUAAAAUAGUACAUUUGGAAUCUGAGCAGGAAACUGGUCAAAGGAUUUUUUCACCCUGUGUUACAGGAAAUCCUUUCGAGGCCAGAAUCGUUGGAAGAAGAUGAGUGUCGCUGUGGUUGACUUUGGCUCAUUUGCCUUGGGUCAAGCUGUACCUUCAGCCCAUGAAAUGAAACGAUUAUCCACAGAGAUCGAACAGGCAUUCAGUCAACUUGGAUUUGUGUACCUCAAAAACACCGGCAUCAAAGAUGAGCAAGUGUUUGAAGCAAUGGACAUCUGCAGGAAGUUCUUUCUACUUCCCAAGGACAUUAAACAGCAAUAUGCUCGUUCCAAGGACUCAGAUAUUCCAUGCCAUGGCUGGAUAGAUUUUCAGACUGAGAGCUUAAACCCAACGGAACUGAAUGACCUGAAAGAAGCCUUUAAUGUGACAUCGUUGUCUUCCACUGACGUAAGAUCUCAGAAUUCACAUUGAGAUUGGAUUGCAAUCCAUGUCAUUGUCCACAUGCCAGGAAUGAGGCUGUCUGGCUGUUGUGCCACUGGGGAAAUGUUACUCACAAACACAGAACAUAGAGCAUAGAACAGCACCGCAGAGGAACAGACCCUUCAGCCCACAAUGUCCAUGCUGA